AGAGCAGGCGGACGCCCGGACGGUUACAACUUGACAAUGACUGUGUACACUGUGCAUUCGGAAUGUGUAAAAUAUAGGUAUAAAACAACUAUAUGUUCAAAAGCAACGGUUUUUAAUGUUUUCGUGUUUGUGCUUACAGUGACAUUACCUCUAGUUAUUGCGUAUAUAACUCAUGGUUUUUGGUUGAAAAAUGUGACCUACCUGGAGCAACCUGACGUCCACUUCAAACAUGAAUUUGUGCUGGUGGUGGAAACGGAGAGACCAGAGUCCCCAGUCCUGUGCAGCUCGUAUCCCAAGUUUGCCGAGUUGUCGGACAGCAGUGGCUUUUGUUCAAUGGUGACCAGUAGAGAAAUUGAUUCCAACCACGACGACAAGAAUGACAGAAUGAUCUUUGAAGUUGAAGUCCUGAUGCAAAACGCAACAGCAAAAUCUGUGAAGCUGUUCCUGUUGUUUGACUACAAACUUCAUGGAACGGUGCAGCUCCGAAUGGAGGCGCUGGCGCUGGUGCAGCACGCGUCGAGCUCCCCGGGAACCAGGCUCGACGUCGCGGCAGACCUGCGUCUGGUGCAGAAGCAGCCCCUGUCCCCGGGCCGCGACUCGAGGUUCGACGUCCCGGUGUUUGACCCCGGGAGCCCUCUGCCCGACAGGUUCAACCUGCGGUCCGUGCUGAGGGAGUACGCGUCGCGGAGCGUAUCAUUGAACCUGAAGAAUGUAUAUUCUGAAUGGUUGGCGGGCAGAGGAAAUGAUGAAACCUUCACCAUCUCCACGGAGAUCCAGUACCUAGAGGAAACGGUAUUAUACAGGCCUGGGAUGUGGGAAACAAUGAAAUGGGCAUGGGUGCAAUAUGUAACCAUUGCAGUUGUGGUUGGUAGUACACUGAAAAUGUUAAAAGGCUUUAUGUUAAGAAACAACAUAAUACCUGUUAUGAAAGAUAAGUGGAAGUAACAGUUUUAACAUGUGGAGAUCAAAAGAAACUAAUAUAGUUAGAAAAAAAACGUUUUCUUGUAUAAUAGUCGCACAUUUUAUCCUAAAAUCAAGUUUGAAAAGUAGGGGUGUGACUAUUGUGCGGAAAAAAAAAAUUUUGCUAGGUAAAGCUAUUCAUAAAAACAAAACCUGUUCAUGGAAAGUACAUUUAUUUAAAAAAAAGGUGGAGUAUACAAUGGCACGCCAAACAAUCUAUAUUAAUAAUUCCUUAAACAAAAACCUUUCUUCAACUUUAAAUAGAAAAACCAAAACUGUAACGCGAACGCAAGCAACUUGAAUCUGACGUGAACUAACAUGUCGUAGUACACACUUGCCACGAAAGAAUGCGGGCUAUCAAAUGUAAACUCGGCACCUGACAGAGAGCGCGCGUUGUAUGCACUCGGUGAGAUAUCGAUAUUCGACUACGUGCACGCGCUCUAUACAGGAAGCAACAUAAUCAAACAUGAAUGAUGCGCUGGCUACAAUUUUAUAAGCGGCACGCCGCGGCAACACACACAAUUAAAUAAAGGAAAUACCGUUUAAAAAGUCUUGGUGUGUACUUUAAAAUACAUUGUUUUGUACGGAAAAGAUACCUACACAAAGUGCUUGGCAUCUACUAGCGGGACCAAAAACAUCAUGCGACAUUUACACUAGAAGUUUCUGGUUUAUCAAUCUUUGACAAUCGCAAGGGAAAUGGAUGGGGUAUUUUAUUUUUCCCCUAAUUAAGACCCCAGAUGGACAAAUAAUGUUAGCAGGACUUGGUUCAACCCAUCAGAAUGAAGCCAUAUUCCAGUAUCUGCUAUAGGAUGCAUGAUGUGAACUGAAUAUAAUAUUAAAUGUAAGUUAAAUGUUAUGUAUGAGUUCUACCUAAAAUGUUUGCAAUCAGGAUAAAUGGUGAUUUAAGAAAUAUGCCAACAUAUACAGAUAUACAUAUCUGUAUUGUUACAUUCACUAGGAUGGUACUUGAACUGAAAGCACAGAAAAUUGACCAACCCAAUAUCUUAUUGAAACAAUGCAAUAAAUCCAGGAUUUUAAGAAGGGAGGUAAUAAGAGAGAAUAUUUAGGGUUUAUGAUGUUAAAUAACAAUGUACUGUUAUUUGAUAAAAUAUUCAAUGGAGUGAAUAUAUUUUGAUAUGUAAACACAUUUUGUGGUAGUUUCAUUAUAUUGGAUAAAGGUUUAAACCUGGGCUGGGCUGAUGCUGUAUGGACACCAGCAGCAUCUGUAAAAUAUUUUCUGAUACCUGAAUCCAAGUUCUUAAAUUUUUACUAGAUUUUUUUUGUAAGAAAAAAAUCACUAGGAAUAGUAUUUCACGCAACUGGUUCUUUUGAAAGUCACACUCACAACCAAUUUUUAAAAUAAUCGCCUAAUUUUAUAAUUUAUGCACUAUAACCUUAAGUUUUGCUUCACACUAUGUUAAGGUUUUAAAGAAAACCGGUCGGUUUGAUUGUUUUAAAAAUACAAUGGAGUCUGAGAACCAUAGAGAGGUUUAUACUAUAAAUAUCCUAAACUUGAGGUUAUACCAUUUCUUAUGUAUCAAUGUAUUUAUAAUCUUUAUAAGAUUGAUUUGACUUGUUCUGCAUCCUGGAGCCCUGAACUCCAUAUGGAAUCCACUGGAUAAAAAAAAAUAUUCAGUGCCAACUGUGGAGCCUCAUGUUACAUGUACCAGUGCUUGCAAUAAAUUAAAUUGCACUUGUGAUCAUAGAAACAGUUGCUGAAAAAUGUCUGAAUAGUGUUCCACAUCUCCAUGUUAUUUAUAUAUCUAUGACUUGGCUGAUAUCAAAUGAAGAUACCAAGGCCACAUGCACUUUCUACCAUGUAAAAGUAACAGGAGGUGGGGUGAAAGAAAAGUAUGUGUGUGUGUGUUAUUAUUGUAAGAUGUAUGUUAGUAAGUGGUGUGACAGUUUGAUGGUACCCUGUUGUAAAAUGAAAAAAUAAAGUUCUUUACAAGUAAAA